ACUGGGUGCUUAACAAGGGUGUGGUGUCAGGAAGAAUGCCAUAACAGGAAUCGGACCCAGCGAUUCCCCCUCCCACGAAUCGGAUCCAGCGUUUGGAGAAAUCGGACCGUCCGGUUGAUCGUGGACGAAACGCACCGUCCGAUUGCGCCCCCUUCUACGUGUCGGACAGCAGCUUCUCCCCAGGACGGUGCCCCAGCAGCCAGCAUACCCCCCUUUCCCCCACUCCCUCAGUCCGAAACAUCAUUUUCAAGCCUCAAACCCCAUUUCUUCCUCUCUGUGUUCAUCCUCUUCCUCUCUUCUUCUUCAAGAACUUUGCAUGCAAUAAAAUCUGUGGAAAUGGCCAAAAAAUACAAAGCUAGAGAUGCUGAUCGUCCUGAGCUUCACAUUGUAAAUUAUCUGUCUGAUCCUGAUUAUAGUUCACGGAUGAUGACAUGUGACCACCCACUGCCUCCUGAUCGGUACCAUCCGAGUGUAGAGGAUCAUUUACGGGUUACUGGGUUUUAUCAUGCCUCUCAGAUUGGAGUAGUUCAAUGCCAGAAAGCAUUGAUAAAUGCUCUAGUGGAGAGGUGGCGGCCGGAAACACACACCUUCCACCUUCCGAUUGGUGAGUGCACAGUGACGCUGGAGGAUGUAGCCGUUAUUUUGGGCCUCCCGACGAACGGCCUUCCGGUGACAGGGAUGACCUUGAGCAGCUUCGAAGCAUUGGAGGGUGAGUGUUUCCAUCAGUUUGGGGUUGCACCGAGGAAGGCCGACUGCAGAGGGAGCGGAAUAAAAUUGACAUGGUUUAGGAAUCUAGAAGAACGUAUACAACUGACUGACGAAAACAGUAUGCAGAGCUUGGUUUUGGAUCCGCCUACCCUAUCUUGCGCCCCUACUAGGGAACCCCGCAGUUUUCCGCUUGCAAACAGGUGGCGUAACUGGGAGCGUGGUGACAAUCGGUAUAGAUAUCUUAGCCUCGCCCACUUUAGAAAGGCAUUAGAUGAGGUUCAGGAAGGGCAGUUCGUGUGGGUUGCUUAUGGUGUGGAUCGCAUUGAUCCGGGCAUAAUCCCAGAAGACAUCCUCCUGCACGCAGUAGUGUGGAGCGCUACGGUUCCGUUGAUUUCAUUCGAAUCUAUUGAGUGGCAUGCAACGGAUAGAAUUAGAAGACAGUUUGGUUUUGUUCAGGGAGUUCCACCUGAGGAAUGGAAUCUGGGAAGGGCACAUGGAGAAACACUGGCUGGUCCUAAGAAUCUUGACUGGGCCACAGCCCCGUCCCAUUCAUGUUGGAUUAUGCACUGGACAAACAGGUAUAAUAACGUUCUGACUGAGUAUCUGGAACCUUCACAGCAUCCGUUGGAUGUUUACAUGCACUGGUAUCGUACACAAUAUGGCAACCAUUUGAAAUUGUCAAAUGUUGUGGUUCAAGAGAACGAUGAAGGUGAACAAGUUAUGGAUGAUGAGGGUAACCCAGUUAUGAAUGAUGAGGGUAGCCCAGUUAUUGAUGUAGCCAAUGAAGAACCGGGGGGCACAGUCACAGCCACAUCCACCUCCACCUCCAGCUUCUCAAGAACAACCGCAGGCCUCGGUACCAUAUGUUGUUCAGACACAAUUUACCCCGUCAUACCCAAUAGAUCAACAAUACUGGAGUACCCCACAGUGGGAUGCAGGAGAGGAUGCUUCUUUUAGCCAGUUGCUUGGGUUCAUGGCUGCGGAUGCAGGGCAGUCACAAUUUGGCCAUCAACCUGAAUUUAUGCCCGGUAGGUAUUCUUUGGACGCGAGGAUUCCAUGCCACACUGCCUCAGUUGCUUCUGGAGGUUUGGUUUCUGGAGAUUCCAGUAGAAGUGACGGCGGUCGGGGGAUAUUUAAUAGCCGGAACCUACGGUUAAGCCAGUUCGUAUAAGCCUCGCCCCGUUCACGUAAACGCUGGUAGCGCAGUUCGUACUCGCACACCGUCCUCGAAUAACCUGCACAACAAUCAAAUCCACACAAGAGAAGAAUUCAUGAGAAACGC